UUCCUUACUUUUUAACCGCGUGGGAUCCUUUAGGAAGGAGGAAAGUAAAAAAAUUUUACCAAAGUUCAGUUUUCCCUAAAUUUCGUUUGGAAUACUUUUGCAGCAGAUUUCAUUGUCACCUCCACCUCGUGAGGAAAAAAGGAUUAUUGCUCUACGAUUUGUUAGAAAUCCUUAUGAAGACUCUAAUUCGUCUGAGACUGAGCAUUCUUUUGGCGACCUGCUUGACAUUCAGUUGCCAUGGGAAAACGUCAGAUUUGCGGAGAAAAUGCGGCGUCGACGAUUCCAAAGAAAAUCGUCCAAAAUCACCGUCAUCCCAGUAUAUACCUGAGAUCGAAAAUAUUUUGAUGACGAACGUAUUGCAGAGAAAAGAUAAGGAUGCUUUCAACGCCUUGUUCAACAAAAACUUACAAUGCAAGGAACAGUAUCUUGUGCCUAUCGCUUGGCAUGUUCUCCAUGAUGCACGUGGGAAAGGAAAUGUUUCUGUGACCAAGCUGGAAGAUCAAGUGAAAGUUUUAAACAAGGCUUUCUCGGACUCACCAUUCCGAUUUGCAACGCGUUCAGUUGACAGAACAAAUAACGAGGAAUGGUUCAAUAACUGCAAGGGCCAAAGGUUUUUUAUCAGAAGAGGUCUGGGUAUUUUGCCUGCAUCAACGCUCAACAUAUACACGUGCCAGUUCAAGGAUCCCCUCUUACUUGGCGAUGCAUCGUUUCCCUGGAGUGACUUAGAGUCUGGCUUAUCACACGGCGUGGCAAUUCACUACGAGACAUUACCCGGAGGAGCGAUGCGAACACUAAAUCUUGGAGACAAUGCUGUUCACGAGGUUGGUCAUUAUUUCGGUCUCUUUCACGUUUGUGAGGGAGGUUGUUUCGAUAGAGACGAUGAUGAGGUCGCCGACACUCCGCGCUGCGCUGAUUAUACUUAUAUCUGCACAGACCAACCAGUGGAUACCUGUAAAUCUAUCAGUGGACUGGAUCCAAUUCAUAAUUAUAUGGGAUACAUGGAGGACAAAUGCAUGUAUGAAUUUACUCCGGGGCAGAUAUCUAAAAUGGAAAAAGAUGUCAAGAAAUACAGACCUACCCUGAUGAAAAACAUCUAUAGACCUUGUAAAAUCGAUGCUGCAUUCCGCUGGUCAAACGGCUAUAUUUAUUUCUUCCUCGGAUCAAACUACUACCGUUACAAUGAGAAUCUUCCUGGUAUCGAUUCAAGCUACCCUCGACCUAUCAGCGACCAUUGGAAGGGCGUCCCUUCCUCCAUAAACGGCGUUUUUCGUUACGCAAAUGGCCUCACGUACUUCUUCAAAGGAAACCAGUACUAUCGGUUUAACGACACAUCACUGAAGGUGGACGAAGGAUAUCCCCGACUUAUGAGCGACUACUGGGUUGGAGUGCCGAGCGAUAUAGAUGACGUCAUUAGUCAUUCGAAUGGUUUCACCUACUUCUUCAAAGGAGCACAAUAUUACAGAUUUAACCCACGCACCCUCAGAGUGGACCCUGGGUAUCCGCGCUCUGUGAGCUCCUACUGGAAUGGACUCCCGAGCGACAUUGAAGGCGCCUUACAAUGGUACAAUGGGGGCGUUUUCGCGUUUAAGGAUACGCAGCACUGGUUAUUCGUGCACAGCGAGCAAUCAAUAAGUGUUCCUUCCAGUUACCCUGAGUCAAUAACUCAGUGGUGGAGCAGUGAACCAGACUUUACUCACUACACAGUGUUCAGACACUUGAACGGCUACACUUUCUUCUUCAAAGGAAACAGCUAUUGGCGCUACAAUGAACAGUUUAGCCAGGUCGAUAUCGGAUAUCCACGCGGCUUGGCAGCCUGGGAAGGAGUGCCAGCAGAUGUGGACGCCGCAUUUCUAUGGAGUGAUGGAUACGUGUACUUCUUUAAGGGAAACCUUUUCUUCCGGUAUGAUAGUGGCCAACGGAAAGUCCAAGAUGGGUAUCCACGAGAAAUAAGCUCGUUUUGGAAAGGAUUACCCAACAAUGUCGACGCCGUUUUCAGAUACAUAGAUGGUGUCACAUACUUCUUCAAAGACUCGAAUUACUUCCGCUUCAAUGACACCUCCCAAGAAGUAGACCCAGGCUUCCCGCGGCUCAUAGCCUCGACUUGGAGAGGCGUCCCGAAUGACCCCGAUACCGUGUUUUCAGAUAAAAAUGGCGACACAUACUUCUUCAAGGAAAACCUCUUUUACAGUUUUAAUUCUACAGCGGGACAAGUUGAUGCUGGGUUUCCCAAGUCGAUAGCAUUGUGGAGAGGAAUACUUUAUCAGCCUUGAACGAAAAUAUAAUUGUGUACUAAGAGCUAUAA